AAAAUGCAAGUUUCUACACAUUCAAGAGAAACAGAGACAGAGAGCUUGACAGACGGCUGGAGAGACACUCACUUACUCAACAGAAGCCACAGUGUAAUCUCCCCUUGGUUUGAUUAUGCCUUUAAAAUCACUCCCAACCACAGCAAACGAGAGUAUUGCUGUACAAACUGAGGAGCAGAAAGUGGAUGUGCGGCACAAGCAUCAUGUUAAAGAUGAUGAGACAGACUUUGAUGGGUGGAAAGAAACCAGAGCCCAGACAUCAUUAUCCAGAAACCUCACAUUUGCACAUCACAAUCAGAAGGUGGUGGGUGUUUUCACCACUGAGGUCAUUCCUUUAGGGACCCGCUUCGGCCCACUGCUCGGACAACAUAUUCACCCUGAGGAUAUGCCUGCAAACAUCCACAGGAAACACAUCUGGAUGAUCUUUUCAGAGGGGCGAUUACAUCACUUCCUGUCUUGUGAGAAUGAGAGUUGCAGCAACUGGAUGCGCUUUGUAAACUAUGCUUCGUCUCCUGGGCAACAGAAUCUUGCCGCAUUCCAAAUCGGAAUGCAGAUUUACUUCUAUGCCAUGAAGGUUCUAAAGCCGGGGGAGGAGCUACUGGUGGGGCGGAGCCUAGAACAUGAGCAGCCAAUGAACACCAGCCUCAGAACUGUCUGUCAAAAACAAGCACCUCCCACACACUCUUCUUCUCAAGGUAAAGAUCAAGUGAGGAAGAGAAAGCGAGGUCACACGGUCACUGAGAUCCUGGAUCUGGAUCCCUGUACUGAUCAUCACACUGAAACUCCUCCAAACAAACCGUUUAGUGCUAUCACGCAAACAAUAUAUAGAGAAAAAGUGACCAGAGACCUGCAGAAUCCAAAAUUACCUCUAUUUUCAAUGACUGAUGCCAUCUCUGACGUCCCUUUAAACUUGAAAAUGGCCUCUAGUGUAGAAGAACAUGUAUACACCUCAGCAAUCCCACAAUCCUCUAUGCCAAAGUAUAUAUGGUCUGUUAUUCAAUACGCGCCAUCACAUCAGCCAAUGGGAUUUGGCCAAACAACACCACACAUGUUCCAUAAAAUUUCACCAAUCCACAUUUAUCCAUCUCUAUUGCAUCCAACAUCCAAUGAGAAUCAUCUUUCAUUAGCAUUGACUAAUAGAGGCAACCCCAAAAUUAAAGUGACAGACUCCUCAAAGAGAGAAAAUAAUCCUAAAGGCUCCACAAAACAACUGUCAGACCUCAGUAAUGCAACCGGUCCAUCUCCGGCUGAAGUGUCCAGUGCUGAUGACAUCACAGCCCAGAGAGACUCACCUGAGAUGGGCGUGGCUUCCUCAUGUGUCUCCGCCUCCACCCGCCAAGAGCAACAGACUGUUGGUUACAAGGCUUUACCGUAUCCUUUACAGAAACAGAAUGGAAAGAUCCAGUAUAAAUGUAACGUGUGCGAGAAGAACUUCAGUCAGCUGUCCAAUCUGAAGGUUCACCUGAGGGUUCACAGCGGUGAGAAACCAUACAUGUGCAAUAUCUGCAGAAAGAACUUUUCCCAGCUGGCUCACCUUCAAAAGCACAUUCAGGUUCAUACGGGAGAAAAACCAUAUGAAUGCCAUGUGUGUAGCAGGCGCUUCAGCAGCUGCAGUAACCUGAAGACUCACCUGCGGCUUCACUCGGGUGAACGGCCGUAUGUCUGUAAGCAGUGCCUCGCCAGCUUCACCCAGCACAUCCACCUGCAGCUGCACAGACGGCUUCACGCCAGACCGCGCUCCCACUGCUGCCCGCAUUGCUCUCGCAGGUACACACACCUGUGCAGCCUGCAGAUCCACCUGCACCAGUUCUGUCCCGCCUCCAGCCUCACAGGCCCCGCCUCUCAGCUGUGCCGAGCCAAUGACGAGAUCGAGAUAUUUGAUCUGAGUGAAGGUGCAGCGAAGCUUGAGGCUGGCAUGGAGGCGGAGUCUAUAAAGAAGAUGUGUCAGGUGAUCUGGGCACUUGCAGGUCGUCCAGCAGGGAGCAGCACAGGCCCAAACAAUCACACAUGAAACUUCAAGUUCUGUUUCUCCAAAGGUUUGCAUUAAACAGGACGGUGAUCAGUAAAUUGUCUGAUAUUCUAUUACUGAAUACAUUUGACACUUUGAUUUAGC